AUUUAUUAUUAUAUUUGAUUAAUGAGAUAAAGACCUAAUUAAGCAUAAGAAGAUAUUAUGAUUAAAGAUCUACAAAGAGUUGUUCAAUUAAAUGAUUUGUAAGCAAGAGAAAUUCUUAAUCAAGCCUAAUGGAAUUUGCAGAAAGCUUCCAAUUAUGUUUUAGACAUUCAAAAAUCAGGAACAAAGAUAGAAGAUCAAUUCAAAAAAUAUGUUAGUCAAGGAUAAUAAGUUAUUGAUGAAAAUGGAAUUCAAUAAUUUUGUAAUGAUUUAGGUAUCGAUUUAAUGGAUCCUGUUAUUCUUUAUAUAUCCUAUAUUUUUAAAAGUGAAAUUAUGGUAAAUUUAUAUGACAUAAAAGGGUGUUUACACAAAAUUUGAUUUUCUAUAUGGAUUUACAUUAUUAAAAGCCUAAUCUACUUUUGAUUUGAAACGAGAAAUUAAACGUUUAAGAGAAGAUCUGAAUAAUAAAGAAAUAUUAAAAUCAGUCUAUAAAUAUUGUUUUGAUUUUACCAAAUAAAAAUAAAGAAAAGAUAUUGAUCUAUCUAUUGCCUAAGGAUUAUGGGAAACACUUUUAAAAAACGUAUUUCCAAUAAUGAAUCAAUUUAUGAAAUAUGUUAGCGUAACACUAAUUAUAAAUAUAUUUUAGAAUAUUUAAGAAAAGGAUUAAAAGCCAAUAUCAAGAGAUACAUAUUAUAUGGUUUGGGAAUUUUGUGUAUAAAUAGGAGAAGAUUUAUCUAAGUAUGAUUAUAAAACAGGAGCAUGGCCCACAUUCAUUGAUGGAUUUUAUUUUUUUAUGCAUCCAAACCAUAAAUAACAAUGAUUAUAAUAAAAUUAAAGUGUAU